AUGCCGAAAAAUGAGUACAUGGAGCGGUGGAGGAAGCUGCAUGGACAGCGACUCGACAUCGAGGAGAGGGAGAGAAAGCGCCUGGCCCGCACUGGCCACAAGCAAUCCUACGAUGCCCAGGAGUUGCGCGGCAUCCGCGCAAAGAUGAUGCAAGAGAAUAGCCGCCAUGAGAAGAUCCAGAUGCGCAAGCCUUUCAAAGGUCUCGAGGAGCAGAAUAUCAAGACCGCCGACGACAGCCUCCCUCCCGACCCGGUCCCGCACUAUCUCCUAGACCAAGACGACCCAAAGUGCCGCAAAAACCCUGUCAUCAUCAAUCAAGCAGAGGCGUAA